CGGAGUAUAAUAUUAUUCAAUUGUUUAUUGAAACAAUGACAUUAAUAUUACUAAUGAUCUUUGCAUUUCCCAAAAUAUGACUUGAAUUAAUUGAAAGAUGGCAUUUAACCCUAAUUUCAAAACUUCACUCCUCUCCAUCGAUCAAUUUCUCAAAACCCACAGGAACCAUCACAACCUUCUCUUCAUUUCAGCACUUCCCUUCACAAGUGCGCCGCCUUGCUGCUGUCUCUCCUCUCUGUCGACACCCAUCCUCACCGCCACCACAACGUCUCUCAUCAGCUUCAUCUUUCUUCUCACUCGCAACCCCUAUUAGUGCCCUUCCCCUCGCCGCCGCCUCUGCUCACCACCACCACAACGUUUCUCAUCAUCUCCACUGCACCUUUAAUUUCAUCUCACUCGCAACCCCUGUUGGUGCUCUUUCACUCGACGCUAUUAGGGUUAGGGAUCUGGUCAACUAGACUUUUGGCGUAGCAGGGGGUUAGGGAAACGACGGUCCAAUGCCUAGAAAGGGGGCUGCGGAGAUUGGGGAGGAGUGGGUGGGGUAAGAUACAACUGGGUUGGUGGGGUGGGCAAUGGCCGGGGCAGCGGCGGCGUUAUUAGAUCAGGACGUCGGUGGCGUUAACAGACCAGGGCUGGCAGGCAGUGAUAUCAGCAGUAUAAGUGGGCGGGGCAGCGGUAGUGACCGGCCUGGGCAGUCACUAAUUGGUGAAGUCACUUUCAGCGGACUGCGGACUGUGACUGAGGGAUCGAGGGAUGUAGUGACAUAGAAAAUAGUCACCAAUGCAGUCCAAUGACUAACGGUAGCGGCGGCGGUGUUAGUGAUGGUGGCUACAGUCACUGAGGGAUACAAUGACAUAGAAGUUAGUCACUAAUACAACCCAGUGACUAAUGGCGGCAACGGUGUUACUAGCGCCGGCAACGGUGUUAGUGGAGGCGGCGACACUAACAGGGUGGUUGUAGCGGUGGGUAGACGAGAAUACUUAAUUAUUAAUUAUUAAAAAGGAAUCUUAUAGUAAUAAAUGCAAUAUUAAAUAAAAAGCAUAAACAUUAUGGUAGGUCAUAGUUUUGAAAAUUUUCAAAAGAGGUUAUAUUUUUGUCUUUCACAUACUCCGUAUGAUUUAGUAAUAUUCAUAAAAAAGGCCUUGUUUAUUUUAGAGUCAAGCUUAUAUCUAGAAGAUUUUAAGGCCCUGUUUGGUUGGAGGGUUUCGGAGGGGAGGGGAGGAAAGUGGAAGACUUUCAAAAUCCUCCAGUUCCUCCCAUUCUAAACCCCCAAAUCGGGGUAUUUCGGAGGAAAUAUGUUGAUAACCACAAACUAUUCAUCUCUUACGUGAAUGAAUAAAACGUUAUAAUAUAAAAGAGUAAAAAACAAAAAGUUCUGAAAAAUUUAAAAAUUUAAAAACUUACAAAUUUAAAGAUAAAAAAAUUUAAAAAUUAAAUAAUUUAAAAAUUAUAAAUUAAAAAUUUUAAAAAUUAAAAAAAAAAUUUUAAAAAAUAAAAAUUAAAAAUUGAAAAUUCCAAACUGAAGAAUGAAAAAUUAUUAAAUUAAAAAGUAAAAAAUCAAAUAAAAUAAAAUUUUGACUCAUGACCAUAGGAGUAAUAUUCACAAUAGUUAGACAUGUAUCUAUUUUUUUAAAUAAACUAUCAAAUAAAAGUAAAUUGCGAAAAUAUUUUCGUUAAACCUUUUCUCCUAUUUCCUCCAACCAAACACAUUUUUUUUAUCAAAAUCCUUCCUUCCUUUUCCCUUCCCUCCUUGACUCUCCCCUUCCCUCCCCUUCCUUUGAACCAAACAAGGCCUGAAUGUCUUUUGAGAAGAUUGAGUUGGGAAUUUAAUUGUGGAAGUGAGAGAGGUUCCAGAGAAAACGUAUGCACUUACUUAUUUAAGGAGUGAUGUAUGUUUCCUUACAAAUUUUUGUGAUGUACUGACACAGCAUCUUUUAACAAAAACGGAAAAUGGCUUUAGGAAACGCUCCGCCUUGCACGGCGCACUUUAGCCGCCCCCACCUCCCCUCCCUUAGCGGUGGUCUGAUCCGUCUAGAUCUCCACAUCAGCCGCAGCAACCCACCACCCUCUCCCUUUAAACCUAACCCUAUCGCCCCCCAUUCAUUCAUUAUGCCACCGCCCAUCACCCACCAUCGCCGCCACCUAACCUCUCCAUCCUCCCUCAUUCGCUCCACUUUUCCUUCUCAUCAUCCAUGGCUUCGUCUUCGUCCCCGUCCAAUCUCGAGCUUUCUACUGCUCCGGCCGAAAAUCCCUUGUCCAUUGUCACCGUCGCCGCCUCCUCCCGCCGCCUCCCUCCACCGUGCUGGUCCCACGAGGAGACGGUAGCCCUUAUUGACGCCUACAGAGACAAGUGGUAUUCCCUCCGACGCGGCAAUCUCCGGGCCAACCACUGGCAGGAAGUCGCUGACGAUGUCGCAGUCAGAUGCCCCAUCGAUUCGCCCAAGACCGCUGUGCAAUGCCGACACAAGAUGGAGAAGCUCAGGAAAAGGUAUCGUUCUGAGAUUCAACGCGCGGCCCCGUACGGCGGCGUUCGCUCCCAACGUUACUGCUCAUCAUGGGUCCUGUUCAAGCUUAUGGAUUCCAUGGAAAGAGGGCCCAACGCCGAUUCUCCUCCGAUGGAUGAUGAGGAAUUCGAUGAUGAUGGUGAUGAUGUUAAGCAACACUCUGCCACACACAUCCCUGGUGAUAUAUAUAACCCGAAUUUUUCCAACAAAAGAAGCAGCUUUCAGGGCUCCAUGAGUAAUGGGGGAACUGGUGUCCGGAUUCGAAUUCCCACAUUACCUAUGGCAAAGCCUUAUGACAAAUUUGAUGAAAUGUUGCACCAAAACCCUAACCCUAACACAACCUUUGGCUCUAGUAGGAUGAUGCCUAAAGGAGAUCGAUAUGAGAAGAGGUCUGCUGAUUUUGGGAAAGGGGUAACUGGGGAAGAAAAGGUGGUGGGAGAGAAGCGGAAGGGAGACCCAAUUGCUGAGAUGGUGACUGCAAUUAAGGCGUUGGGAGAUGGAUUUCUCAAGAUGGAGAGGAUGAAAAUGGAUAUGGCCAGGGAGGUGGAGGAAAUGAAGAUGGAAAUGGAGAUGAAAAGGACCGAAAUGAUUCUUGAAUCACAACAGAGUAUUGUUGAAGCUUUUGCCAAUGCUCUCUCCGAUAGGAAUAAUAAUAAUAAGAAGAAAAAGACUAGGAGGAUGAUGCCUUCUCCGGAACGUCAGAUGGGCCAUAGUUGAGAUUCCCCCACCCCCAUUUCGCAAAAUGAUAAGCUUAAGUGGUAAUUAGUGACCAGCAGAUUGUCCUUACUUUAACGUUUCUGAUGCAAGAAAUCAUGGAAGUAAUGAAAUUCUGGCGCACCUUCUUGUGUUCAUACAAGUAAUUGAAACUUGUCAACUUCAAUCAUGGGUUAGCGAUGUUUAUGGACUGAUAGAAACCUGCUCGAGACAUUCCCUCGUGCGGUAUUUGGCAUGUACUUGAUGUUAUCUAUCAUUUCAGUUAAACAAAGUUUUCUGCAUCUUGGCUUUGUAAAACUUUAUUAUGCUCUUUGGGUUGUCAGUGCUUUAUGCUCUUUAAUAGCAUAUCGAUUUGUCCUAUCACCCUGAUAUGGAUUUCCAUUAAUUUAUCUUUACAUACCCG